UACACCAUGUUAUGAUGGAAAAGUCACUACCAUUUAUCGGAGAAUGUUCUCAAAUGUGUCCCGCCGACGAGAUUAAAUUGAGAAUAAGAGAAGAACUUGUACAUCCACUGGAAAAGGUCUUCAAGUCGGGAAGGCUGAUUGAUGACCCAAACAUGAUGGUCAAGGAAUACAGUAGGUCUGCAGCAGGCAGGCAUGAGAUUCCAACCCAGGACCUCAGACCUGGCCCAGUGUUACUCACUACUGUAGAAUAUUUAUUAGGCAGGAUCUCUUUAGUUGAAGGAAGGCCUUGGAAUGAGGUGUAUGACUUUAUAUUUGACAGACUGAGGGCCGUGAGGCAGGAUAUGACAAUUCAGCAGAUAGGGGGCUUCGAGGCUAUCACACUCUUAGAAUACAUUGUGAGGUUCUACAUCUAUUCUGGAUAUAGACUAUGUGAAGAGAAGAUUGACCAUUUUGACCCCAAAAUAAACGACCAGCAUACACAGGAAUGCCUGAAACAGCUCCUCUCUCUGUACACCACUUGUCAUUGUUAUCUUGAAAACAGGGCUGAGUUUGAGAGCCUCUAUCUCAUUUUCAAUCUAGGUCAGGCAGAAGCUUUACAACAUUAUUAUGAUCUGCCCAAAGAUUUAAGAGAACAUAAGUUGAUGGAAGGAUCUUACAUGCUAAGUGUAGCUUACUAUUUGGGAAACUACAAUAACGUUUUAAAAAGUCUCAAGUCUCCAUGCUUUACAAGGCAUCCUUUGGUGCUAUGUGCCUUCCAUAGAAAUCUGACACAGUUACAAAGAAGAGCUCUUAAAAUCAUGAGUCAUGGAUACAGUUCUAAAGCUUUGAGAUACCCAGUACAGCACUUAGCAGAUCUUUUGUGGUUUGACAGUUUGUCUCUCUGUGUAACAUUCUGUGAGAUGUGUGGUCUCCAGGUGAAAGGAGAGGAAUCCAUUAUUUUUCUUAAAUCAUCAUACAGGGAGCCUGAAAAGGUCCAAUCAGUUCACAUUUCGGGUAUUGAUUCUCUUCUUUGCCAGCAAUCUCUUGGAACUUUACUACUUGGAAAGGAGAAGUCAUUUGAUCUAAAUUCAUUAAAACAAAGUUUAGGCAAUGCUGACCUGUCUCAAAACCAGACAAGUGAUGGACAUAAUUACAAACCAAGAAGUGCAAGGGGCAGAGGAAGAGGAAGAGGUCAGAGUUCAAAGGAAGAUAAUUGUGCAAGGUCAAAAUGUCAACCUGUAGGAAAGAAUCAAGGUCAAAAAUGGAACUCUGAACCAAUAAAUCAUAAGCCAUGUACAAAAGAAGUUGAAACAAAUUGUGAUAUUAAAGAUGUGAACUGUAAUCUUAACUAUGAUCAUAAAGAUUUUACAAAGGAUAAAAAGAAACAGAAUUUUUCUGGUGAGAGGAAUUCAGACAGGACUCAAUUUUUUAAGGAACAAGAAAUGAAUUUUACUGGAGAGUGCUGGGGAGAUGAGCUCUUCACCGAGGAAGAUAUGAAAGUCACUUGA